AUGGCACCAUCGGAAUCACGCCAGUUCAAGCGCAAGGACGCAAUUGGUCUAGCCACCAAGGGGACGCUGAUUUUUGGCGGAGCGGGCCUAUUCAUGAGCGCUAUCCAGAACACACUCACGAAGCAGAACGUCGGCGCCUGGGGUGUCAUCACAAAGACCGGAGGCACCGUGGGGAUUGCCGCGGCCAUGGGUGGUUCUUACAUGUUUUUCCGUAACGCCGCGGCGAACCUGCGAGAGACGGAUGAUUACUUGAACUCCGCACUCGGAGGUCUUGUUGCUGGUAGUAUUAUGGGAACCAAGUUCCGCACCAUGCCUGCUGUCAUCGGAUACGGUGCGGGGCUCGCGCUUAUCCUUGGUGCAUUUGACUACACCGGUGGCUCCCUGACCGGGCUGUUCAAAGAUAUGAAUAUGGAUGAGGUAACCAGAAAAGAGAUGCUCAGGGCUGGUCGUAGACGGCCAGUGGAUGAGACUGUCGAAGUACUUGGUGAGGGGCGAGGAAUCUACCCUGCCGGCUAUGAAGACCGGAGGCGCGCUCGAUUGACCGAGAAGUACGGAAUUGACUUCACCAACGUCGAGAAGAGGUAA